CAACAGGGACCAACAGGGACGCAGAUGAAUUGAGGGACUGACUGGUCGUGUUGGGGGGAAUUAUCAACAUUAUCAUUACUUCCACUGCCUGAUUUCGCAUCUGCAAGCUUAUUUCACCAGACAUCUCAGCCAUGGGUGUGAAGAUGCUGCAGUGUUUUCCUUUCUACAGACGCUGUAAAGAGCGCUGUAAGAGCAGACAGUGCCCCCCAGCGGCAGUUCCCAUUGAGGAGAUGAAGCCCCGUCUGUGCUCCACCACAUCCUGUGGUAGCGACAGCGAAGGAGCAGGAGGCCUGAGUCGCGGCUCCCAGAUCUAUUUCUCCACCAAGGCCAGGCUGUCUUUCAGACACCAGCUGGACAGCAACAUCAACGCAGUGGACGCCACCUACUGAGGAGGGCUGCAGAGAAGAUAAAUGGAUUCCUGUAUCUUAGAUUUACUGAUGCCUAUUCGUGCUUGGACCCUGUGGUGCAAAACUGGGAGCCUGAGAGCUGAGCGAGAGCAUCUGUGGUCACCUUUAGAUGGGAUUGACAGUAGUGUGCACGGCCACAGUCUGCAGUUAAACCCCCCAUGGCUCGCUGGCCACAAAGAACUCUCAAUGAUUAAUCAGAUUCAACAAGAGACCGAGGAAAACGGACUCAAACAGACUUGGUUUUCAAUCUCUGUGCAUUAAGAUUUUUCUGAAAACACUCUGAGUGGAUCACUGCCCAAACGGUCACAAUACUGAUUGGAGAGAAGACAAAAGACUUGUUUACAGCAUUCACUACCGAAAAGUGCAUACCCUUUUUUUAUCUUUUUUAUGUCUAUAUUUUUGUCUGCAGAUUUUUUUAACUCACUGUUGAGAUAAUGGGGUGUUUAACCAAGCAAGAUGAGGGAGUUAACAAUCAAAGUAUGAUGAUGAAUAUCUCUAUCUAGACCUCAUCAUUAGCGGUCGCCAUCAUGAGAAGGGCUGGGUCAAUGAUGUAUUUGAAAAAAGUGAUUAUU